AUGGCGUCGGGUGCCGAGAGCGCCGUACCAGGAGCGUCCAGGGACACUCCGGGUGCCAUUUACGACCCCAACAUCGGCGGAAGCAGCGCCCCGGCGCCGACGACCCUGUUCUCGCCGGCCAGCCGGUUCCCGGUCGGCCAAAAAGUGUUCGACACUCCGGGCCCGGGACAGUACUACAACCCGGCGGGGGCGGGAGCGUCAGCUUGUCGGCCGGCAGGGCCUGGAGUUGUGGCGUGGACCGGCAUCGACACGUUCGCAGACUCCGAGUGGAGUAGACCGGUGCCUCCGCCACGCCUUCGCCCCUGGCAAGGCUUCGGAAACGGCUGCAGCGUGCAAGAGCAUAUCGACUACGGGGCCUGUCUCGAUGGCCGCUGCUGCAGCCGUCAUUCCGUCGAGAAAAAAAACGCUCUCCUGGUGGCGCAGUUCUUAGACGGACAGCGACAACGGCGAUCGCCGCGGUCGCCGGAACCGGCGCGCGAAGACGCUUCUCCUUCGUCGAACUCACCGGCUACCCACAACGAAGACGGCACACCCUUGAGCUUUGCGUCUGCGGACGUCGGUGGCGGAGGAGGCGAAUUCGCUGUUGGGUCCGGGGCGGCAAGGGCCGCCGUGCGGAAGAGAACGCCGCUGCACUUUGCGUCAGAGAGGGGGGAACUGUCCCUCGUCGACAGACUGUGCUUUCAGGGAGACGACCGAAAUGCCGUGGAUGAGCGCGGCUUCACACCUCUUCACGACGCGGCGGAGCACGGGAACACAAGAGUCGUUAGCCGGCUCCUCCAAGGGGAUGAGAAUGAGGUGCAGCCAGCCGGGGGAGAAAACGCUCCUAGAGGCGCCGCGCCCAAGCGGCCUCGUCAACUUCCUGCCGAUCCGAACGUGCAAGAUGACAAGGGGAGAACGCCUUUGUAUCUCGCAUGCCAUCGCGGACACGAAAGAGCGGUUCGGGCGCUCCUUAAGGCUGGAGCGUGCCCAGACCUGGUUGAUAUCCGCGGGAAGCCUGCUCAGGAAGUAGCAGGCGCGCAGAAGAUAUACCAACUCCUCCAGUUCAAGGCCGAUGUGUCGCUCGUCAAAGCCAACAUUGCUGCCCUCGAAGGUCGACAGCGGAACGAGGAGCGACAACGGAAAAAGGUUGCCCAGGCGGCGGCGCUGAAGGAGCUCGCCGAUCUAAAGGCGGAAGAGCUGCGGCUGAAAGCCGCGGUGAGCGCGCUAGAGAACAAACGGGAAGCAUACGCUGCGGCCGCGAAGGCACAGUAG